GAUAAUAUUCCCUGUUCUUGGGAAGAAUGGGGAAAAGGGACUUUGAGGAGGGUGUAGGCGGGACAUUUUACCACUACACGCCACCGCCACCACCAAUAUAUCCGCCUCCUCGAGAGCCAUAUCUGUCGUGGCUGGUCCCACUUAUCUUCAUGGUUGAUGUUGGAUUGUUUGUAUACACAAUGUAUGAAAAUAAUUGCCCAGAAACUCUUACAGAUUUUGAACAACAAUGUGUUUUUCAUGAGUAUUUGGGCAGGUUUUCUUUUGAACCUCUACACAUUAAUCCCCUCCUUGGCCCUACCACCCCUACGCUGCAAAAAAUGGGAGGACUUCAGCUAGAGCUACUACAAAAUGGUGAAUGGUGGAGGCUAUUAUCUUGCCUGUGGCUACAUGCAGGAGCCAUCCAUUUAAUAGCCAACAUGAUCAGCCUUCUUUUCAUGGGUAUUCGUCUCGAAGAAGAAUUCGGAUUUUGGAGAAUAGGACCUUUAUAUGUGCUAUCUGGAUUAGGAGGAAGUUUGAUGUCUAGCAUACAUUCUCUACGCCAGGAAAGACAUGCGGUUGUUUCGGUCGGUGCCUCGGGCGCACUCUUUGGACUUCUUGGUGCCAUGCUCUCCGAGUUGAUGACUAAUUGGACUAUUUACGCCAAUAAGUGUACAGCUAUAACAUCACUUAUGUUGGUCAUAGCCUUGAACUUAGCAGUAGGGUUAAUCCCUGGAGUAGACAGUUCAGCACAUAUAGGAGGUUUCAUCUCGGGUUUUUUUCUGGGUUUUGUACUUCUAAUGCGCCCUCAAUUCGGUUAUGUUAGCAACAAGUAUCUUCCUCCUAACUAUGCAAAGAGAAACCGACACAAGUGUUACCAGUAUUUCUUCCUCCUCCUCGCCCUCAUCGCCUUAUUUCUAUGGUAUGGGUACGGGAUUACAGAGCUACUUAAAUCAAUUAACAAGAUAAAUAUGAAUUACAUUAGCACUAUAAACUAGUUCUGUUAUCUACAACUUCCAAGGAGCAAGAUAAUACAAUGAUUUAUAUUCAGAUCACCAAAAUCAAAGGAAAAUUCAGCUUCUUCCUUAGUUUUACUUUACAUACAA